GGCGCAGCCAAUCACACUUCGGGGGCGGGGCUGGGGAGGGGGCUCGCUGGGCCAGGGGAGGGGGCUCCGGCCCUCGAAGGUCUCCGGAGCGGCGACCGGCGAGCCAUGGCGCUGGGGCUGCAGCGCGUGAGGUCGAGCACAGAGCUACGCAAGGAGAAGUCCCGGGAUGCGGCCCGCAGCCGGCGCAGCCAGGAGACCGAGGUGCUGUACCAGCUGGCGCACACGCUGCCCUUCGCGCGCGGGGUCAGCGCCCACCUGGACAAGGCUUCCAUCAUGCGCCUCACCAUCAGCUACCUGCGGAUGCACCGCCUCUGUGCUGCAGGGGAGUGGAGCCAGGUGGGCGAGCCGCUGGAUGCCUGCUACCUGAAGGCCCUGGAGGGCUUUGUCAUGGUGCUCACCGCCGAGGGAGACAUGGCUUACCUGUCGGAGAAUGUCAGCAAACACCUGGGCCUCAGUCAGCUGGAGCUCAUUGGGCAUAGCAUCUUUGACUUCAUCCACCCCUGUGACCAAGAGGAGCUCCAGGAUGCCCUGACACCCCGGCCAAGCCUGUCCAGGAAGAAGGUAGAGGCCCCCACAGAGCGGUGCUUCUCCUUGCGAAUGAAGAGCACUCUCACCAGCAGGGGGCGCACCCUCAACCUCAAGGCAGCCACCUGGAAGGUGCUGCACUGCUCUGGACACAUGAGAGCCUAUAAGCCCCCCCCACGGACAUCCCCAUCCGGGAGCCCCAGCAUGGAGCCCCCUCUGCAAUGCCUGGUGCUCAUCUGUGAAGACAUCCCCCACCCUGGCAGCCUGGAGCCCCCGCUGGGCCGGGGGGCCUUCCUCAGCCGUCACAGCCUGGACAUGAAGUUCACCUACUGCGAUGAGAGGAUCGUGGAGGUCGCCGGCUACAGGCCCGAUGACCUGAUUGGCUGUUCGGCCUACGAGUACAUCCAUGCACUGGACUCAGAUGCAGUGGCCCAGAGCAUCCACACCUUGUUGAGCAAAGGUCAGGCAGUCACCGGGCAGUACCGCUUCCUGGCCCGCAGCGGCGGCUACCUGUGGACCCAGACCCAGGCCACCGUGGUGUCGGGGGGUCGAGGCCCCCAGUCUGAGAGCAUCGUCUGCGUCCACUUCCUGAUCAGCCGUGUGGAAGAGACCGGAGUGGUGCUGUCCCUGGAACAAACGGAGCGACAUUCUCGCAGACCCAUUCAGAGGGGCACCCCCUCUCAGAAGGACACCCCUAAUCCUGGGGAAAGCCUUGACACCUCCAGACCCCGGAUCCUGGCCUUCCUGCACCCCCCUGCCCUGAGCGAGGCUGCCCUGGCCGCUGACCCCCGCCGUUACUGCAGCCCAGACCUCCGCCGCCUUCUGGCGCCCAUUCUGGACGGGGGUCCCGCAGCCACCGCCCUCAGCGCACCCCCAGCCCGGCGUCCCCCCCGAAGUCCUCUUCCGGCAGACCUCCCGGAUGACCUGCUCAUGAGCAUGGAGCCAGCACACAGACUCUUGGCUUCCAGGAAAGACCUGGAGGCGGUGGAGACAGAUCUGGAUAUCACUCGGGACGUUGAUGCCUUAGACUUGGAGAUGCUGGCCCCCUACAUUUCCAUGGAUGACGACUUCCAGCUCAGCUCCAGCGAGCAGCUGCCCCGGGCCUAUCGCAGGCCUCCAGGAACCGUUCCUCGGCCCCGAGCUCGAAGCUUCCACGGCCUGUCACCCCCAACCCCUGAGCCCUCCUUGCUGCCCCGAUGGGGGAGUGACCCCCGGCUGAACUGCUCCAGUCCAUCCAGAGCGGACCCCUCGGCGUCCUCCCCCACGACUGGGGCUCGGAAAAGAUCCCUGGCCCAGAGCUCCGAAGACGACGAGGCUGAGGGGGCGGAGCUGCUGGGAGUGAGGCCUCCCAAACGUGCCCCCAGCUCAGAACCCGAGCACUUCCUGCUGCCUCCUCUCAGUCUGAGUUUCCUCCUAACAGGUGGAAGGGCCCCAGGAUACCAGCAGAACCCCAGCACCCCUCUCCUGGAAAUGAAUGAACCCUUGGGUCUGGGCCCCUCGUUGCUCUCUCUCUACCCAGAUGAGGACACCACCCACCCCCGAAGCCACUUCCAGCCAUCAGCAGGCUUGGCCAACUGAGCCAGCCCCCCACUUCCCAUCUCCUUUCUCCCCCCAAGAAAGCCCUCAACCACACUCCAACCCAGCAGCCAAUGCACAGGAUGGGGGUUCUGGGAGAAGACUCCCUCUCUCCUCUCAGUGCCCCCCUGCCCACCUUGGGCCUACCUCAGCCCCUACCCCUCUGGCUGUCCCCAUCUGGGGGCUCUUUGGGGUGAUCUCAGCUCAGUGACCUCGGGGAGGGGGGUCCAUGACCCCCUUUUCCUCCUCUUCUCAGGAUUUCUUUAGGGCUCUCAGUACUGGUUCACUCCUCUCUUUCCUGAGCUCCCUGGACUUUAUUUUGAGUAACGAGGGGUGGGGGAGGUUGGGGUUCAGAUCUGUGUUUCUUGGAGCUCUGGCGGAGGGUUGAUCAUCACAGUCACAUUUCUUUCCUUGUCUUCCUUUCAUCAAGAAAGAUCCCCGCUCAUGACUAUUAAUUGACCCAGGUUACUAAGAAUGUGGGAUUCUGAUCUCACCCCUGCCCCUCAGGUGUCAAUGGGGAGGGGGUCCUCUGGGCCAGACCUCACCCUCCCAGAAACUUCUAAUGGAGCUCUCAGUCUCCCAACUCUCCCUCCUUAUUCUUCCCUGGCCUCCCACUGCCCUCAGCCUCAUCUGGACACUGACUUGAUUUGUGGGCUUCCUAUCAACAGUCCGGUGUAGCUUCCACUUCCCCUCUGCUUCCAGACCACACAACCCUUGACUUCCUCUGGUUCUAGACUGAGAAACUUCCCUUACCUUUUGCAAGUCCACACCACACAGCCUCCAACACUCUCUGGGCUGGAGGCUGCACAACCUCCUAUGUGGUGGUUUGGGCCUGGAGUCCUCCAGAGAGUUCCAGACCCCGCAGUCUUUAGCUCUUCCUUGUUCUGGACCUAACUACCUCCAGCUCUGUUUUCAGCCUGGUUCUAGACUUCACAACUUCUAACUGUCCCUGACUUUGGAGCCUAUAACCACCAGAAUUCUCUGAUUCUUCUUAGAACUCACUUUCCAACACCCUCUGCUUCUAGAUGCCUCCCCAUAAUCCCCCUGGCUUAGAUGUAACAUGCUCCUAUCCCUGCUGACUCCAGGCCUUAUGACUGAUGACGAUUUACAUUGAUGCUAGAUGUCACAAUCUCAUGCUUCCUAUGGCUUCUAGUCUUCUCCAUUGGUAAUGUGUGGUUUCAAGUUCUGGUUUGGAAUCAUUUUAGUUCAAAAUCUUAUGAUGCUGAACUCAAUUUAUUUUCAUUCUCUACACUCAAGACUGUCUGUGCCCAUCAAAAAGGAGUAAGAUGAAUUUUAUGUCUUAAUCUGAUAAGUGGCCAUUCCAGAACCAAACACCAUGUUCCAGUUGUCUUCACUCUAGACUUCAUGACCUUUGCUGGCUCUAGAGUAUAUAACCUAUAGAAGUGGGAAAUUUCCAGAAUUCUCUAAUUCUUUAUCUGAUAUCUCCCUUUUUUCUCUGGUGAAAACUUGGCCCCCAGUGUCUUCUGACUCCAAAUCUCAUCCUGUAUAUGCCCAAAAUUCUAAACCUCAAAAUUUACAAUUGAGUCCCAUUCCAGAUCUUAUAACUCCAAGUCAUCUUGGGCCCAGAACUCAGCCUUCAAAACAUCUGGUUCUAGACCUUGUUUUAUAAGUUUCCUUGUUUCUAGAUCUUACAGCUCCCAAUUCCUGACCCUACCUCUCAUUCUACCCAGAUCCUUUUGGUUCUAGAACAUGAUCUCCAGGCUUCUUCUAAUUCUAGUCCUUGCUCUAUAAAUUCCUCUGGCUGUAGGUCUCACAGCUUCCAACUCCCUCUGGUUUCAGAGCCAAGUUCAUCAAACUCCCAAAUGUAGCCUCGAAUGCUUCUAAUUCUAGAAUCUGGACCUCACCCUGUAGAUUCCUCUGGUUCUGAAUCUUACCACAUCUGACUUCCUCAUCCAGACCCCACCUGCUUAACUCUCCCUACACCAUUUCCUGCUUUGUCUUAAGUCUCCCCAUUCCAGGAUCCUCUCUUAAGAGUUUUCUGUUUAUGGAAUUUAUCCCCAAGCUUCCUCGUUAGCAAUGUCACAUCCCUGAAAGCCCUCCAUCACUAGAACCCUUUCCAGUCCCCAUCUCCGUCUUCCAGAUGAACACUUUCUUUACUUCAGGUAUCUGGAGGGGGGAUCUGGGGCCCCCUCACAAUCCAGAAGACUUCCCCAGCCGCUCAGGCACACGCACACACCUUUCUGCAUAUCUCAGGGUGGGGGAGAGAGGCCAGGAAGCCUCAGUUCUCCACCACCACCUCUGUGUCACCUUCAACCUCCAGCACCCCCUUUCCAUAAUGGUGCUAUUCUUGACUUCCCACAGGAAGAGGCCUCUCUUUAUCAGCCAGACUCACCCCCUUUGGAAGGCAUUUCUCUCUCCGUUUUGCCAGAGGGUAGCCUGCCCAGAUUGGUGCUAUAGGGGUGAGAAGGGUCUGACCCCUCUCUCCUUCAAGGGGUGAUCUCAGUGGAGGAAAGCAAGCUGGUUGGAGGAGGGAAAGGGACUGGCCCUGAAACUCAUGAAUCUCUGUGCCACCAUAAAAACCUUGCCUUGCUAGGCACCAGAA